CGCUCCAAGUGUGCAUGCUGUUGAUUAUACCCUCUGUUAAAAUUGGCUGCAGCAAGCCUGGGUUGCAACAAUGGGUAUUUUGGAGAAAAUCGCGGAAAUAGAGAGAGAAAUUUCUCGGACCCAAAAAAACAAAGCCACAGAGUACCAUCUGGGUUUGCUAAAGGCUAAGCUAGCCAAAUACCGAGCUCAGCUCCUGGAGCCGUCCAAAUCUGCGGGGGCUAAAGGCGAGGGCUUUGAUGUCAUGAAAUCAGGAGAUGCUCGAGUCGCGCUAAUUGGAUUCCCUUCAGUUGGUAAGUCCACGUUCCUCAGCUUGAUGACGUCAACAGAAAGUGAAUCUGCGUCCUACGAAUUCACAACCCUCACCUGCAUACCAGGCGUCAUUGAGUAUAAAGGGGCCAACAUUCAGCUGCUCGAUCUCCCAGGAAUCAUCGAGGGCGCCGCCCAGGGAAAGGGUCGAGGCCGACAAGUCAUCGCCGUUGCCAGGACGGCAGAUGUGGUCAUCAUGAUGCUAGACGCCACGAAAGGAGACGUCCAAAGAGAACUUCUAGAAAAGGAGUUGGAGUCGGUGGGCAUCAGACUGAACAGGACAAAGCCAAACAUUUAUUUCAAGCCUAAGAAAGGUGGCGGUUUGUCCUAUAACUCCACGGUUCCUCUCACUCACUGCUCGGAGAAGCUCGUCCAGCUCAUCCUCCACGAGUACAAAAUCUUUAAUGCAGAAGUUCUCUUCAGGGAGGACAGCACACCAGACGAGUUCAUCGACGUCAUUGUUGGAAACAGAGUUUACAUGCCCUGCCUUUAUGUGUACAAUAAGGUGGAUCAGAUCUCAAUGGAGGAGGUGGACCGUCUGGCUCGCAGACCUCAUAGUGUUGUCAUCAGCUGUGGAAUGAAGCUGAACUUGGAUUAUCUCCUGGAGACGUUGUGGGAGUACUUGGCGCUUAUUUGCAUUUAUACAAAGAAAAGAGGAGAGCGCCCAGACUUUAACGACGCCAUCAUCAUGAGAAGAGGAGCAUCAGUAGAGCAUGUGUGCCACAGAAUCCACAGAACUCUAGCCAGUCAGUUCAAAUAUGCCUUGGUGUGGGGAACCAGCACCAAGUACAGCCCUCAGAGGGUGGGCCUAACCCACAUCAUGGAGCAUGAGGACGUAAUCCAGAUCGUUAAGAAGUAAACCUCUUCUGAAUGGACGGAAAAUAAACUGUAUAAUAAUUAUACAGAAAAGACAAGAACCUAGCGUUGUUAUUUUGUAUAUGAAAUCUAUCCAUGACCAGCAGAUUCUGGACUAAAAAUGUAAGAUAUUGUCAUCAAGAGAGGAAGCGAUAAAAAUAAAUUCCAUAAAACAUUUUAUAA